GAUGGGUGGAUGAUGUGUGGACUUUUACCGCUGAUGCGCGGAGCCAAGGACUAGAGUGCAGACAGCGCCUGAUCAACUUGUAAAACUGCUUCCUUCGCAUAUUACGGCAACAAUUUACACGACGUGGGUCUAUGACAAUGGAGCCCUAAUAUCUCGUGCGAAUGUCUUACCUCAUGGAUUGAAUAAUACAGUAACCGAUAUUCGUGUCAUUCCGACAAUAAAAGGUUGUUAUUGGAGGGAUCAUUAAUCUGUCACCAGACACCUGGGAGAAAAUGUGGAGAUUUACGUAUUUAUUAGCUUGCCUACUGGUGGUGUGUAAAGAUGUCACUGCGCAGAGUAAGAUCUUCGGGGAGACGGAGCCGGUGCGGAUGACGUCCGAGGGCUCAGACUGUCGCUGUAAGUGCAUCAUGAGGCCACUGAGCAAGGAUGCAUGCCAGCGUCUGCGGAGUGGCAGCGUGCGCGUGGAGGACUUUUACACGGUGGAGACCGUCAGCUCUGGAUCGGACUGCAAGUGUUCCUGCACAGCCCCCCCCUCCUCCCUCAACCCCUGUGAGAACGAGUGGAAGAUGGAGAAGCUGAAGAAACAGGCCCCUGAACUGCUCAAGCUGCAUUCCAUGGUGGACCUACUGGAGGGGACGCUGUUCAGUCUGGACCUCAUGAAGGUUCACUCCUACAUCAACAAGGUGGUCUCCCAGAUGAACACACUAGAGGAGACAAUCAAGACCAACCUGACUCGGGACAAUGAGUUUGUAAGGGACAGCAUGAUCACACUGACUAACCAGUUUAAGAGGUAUGAGAACUACUCCAACAUCAUGAUGAGCAUCAAGAAGCAGAUCUCCAGUCUGGGCCUGCAGCUACUGCAGAAAGACCAAACAGAGACCAAAGCUCAGAACACCAAUGAUGAGAAAACCAAGGACACCGUAAAAAACCCUAACAAAAAGCCCCCUUCAUCCAAGCCCCCUCCCAAGCCGCCCAAGGAAAAGGUCGUAAAACCUAAGAAAGAGAGCACCAAGCCUGGGAAACCUGUCAAGCCUGACCCCACAGCCAAGGCCAAGGUGGCAGGGCACCAGCCGGGGGUAGUGAGAAGCAUCACCUACUACAAAGCAGCCAAGGUGGAUGGGGACGAGCACGGCACAGGUGGUAAAGACAACGCUGCCAAGACUCACACCGUCCACCACGUCAAAGAGACACACUCUGAGGACAGAGGUGCUGAAAUUGUCCUGGAAACCAUUGAGGGAACCACAGCUAAGCCAACAACUACCAAAGAAACUGCAACCACUACCACAACCACCACCACUACCACGAGCACGACAACAACGGCAGCAACAACAGCCAGUACUACAAUGCCAUCCACUACCACCACCACCAUUGUAGCAAGAGUUGAAAGGCUAGACAGACCAGCCCCCACCAUCAUGCUGUUCCUAGACAACUCUGACAACAACAGCCGGCCAAUCCUACACAGAGCAGGUAAAAUCCUGGACUGUGAGGGGACUCUGGCCUCUAUUGAGCUCCCAGAGAAGCAGCACAGCUAUGGGCGGAACGAAGGAGCCUGGAUGAAGGAUCCCCUGGCCAAGGACUCAAAGAUCUACGUCACCAACUAUUACUACGGCAACAACCUGGUGGAGUUCCGAAACCUGGACAACUUCAAACAAGGUCGCUGGAGCAACCUCUUCAAACUGCCUUACAACUGGAUCGGCACGGGCCACGUGGUGUACAACGGAGCCUUCUACUACAACCGAGCUUUCACCAAGAACAUCAUCAAGUACGACCUGAGGAUGCGCUACGUGGCCGCCUGGACCCUCCUGCAUGAUGUGGUUUAUGAGGACACUACCCCCUGGAAGUGGAGAGGUCACUCGGACAUUGACUUUGCCGUGGACGAGAGUGGGCUGUGGGUGAUCUACCCUUCUGUGGACUAUGACUACUCCCAGCAGGAGGUGAUUGUCAUCAGUAAGCUGGACCCUGGGGAUCUGUCCAUGAAGAAGGAGACCACCUGGAGGACGGGCCUGAAGAGGAACUCCUAUGGGAACUGCUUCAUCAUCUGUGGGGUGCUGUACACUGUGGACGUCUAUAACCAGAAGGAAGGGGAGGUGAACUAUGCCUACGACACCCACACCAACUCAGAGGCUAUCCCUCGCCUGCCCUUCACCAACGAGUACGCCUACACUACCCAGAUAGACUACAACCCCAAGGAGAAGGUCCUGUAUGCCUGGGACAAUGGACACCAACUCACAUAUAACAUACACUUUGUUGACCAAUGAGCACAGGCGUUUUAUGCUCUGGUAAAGUAUCAUCAGCACCAUGACAGGAUCGCCAUCCCCCAUAGAGAUAAGAGAGAUGGUCAGUAAUGGACAGUCCAGCAGAACCCAUAUUGGAUUCAGCAGCCAACAUUCGUCUUUCAAUGCAUGCUAACCAAGACACUUGACAGCAUACCAUGCGUCCCAUACACAACAAUGCUCCUCGUCAAUGUGGACACUGUGUUGGUAUGUUAUUGGAAAUCACAAACUGCUCAUUUAUUCCUCCCAUUUGAUUUUUAUGGCCCAUCAAGCUCCAUCCUACCACCUAGCCACUUUGAUCAUCUGUCAUUGUCAUUUCAGGCCUAUUGAUGCUUUUGUUUUUUAACAUGUAUACAUGAUGUUGGGCACUGUAGUGUUAACUGUUGAACUUGUUUAUUUUAGUGAGGAUGAGGGAUACUUUGAAAAUGUAUGAGCUGACAAACACAAUAUACAUGAGUUUCUAAAUGUAAGAUUUUGUAUUCGCUUGUAAUUGACCAGAAAUGUAUGCUUUAUAUUUACAUUGUUGUUGCUUUACAUACAUUUUGUGUAAAGUAAUAUGUUCAUUUUUGUUUUAAUGAAGAGAUACAAUUGUUGCUGCUUGUAACAUUUACACGUUCACGACAUGUUCUAAUAAUUUUGGCCUAUUUAUAAACCACUACCCUUUAGGAAAUGAACUGUCAUGGAGGUCAAUUGUGUAAAUGCAUACAGAUGUACAGUAUUGUCUUAAAGGAAAUAUAAUCCAUGAACCUCUAUGACAGUUUCAGCUUCACUGUAAGUCAGAAAUGAUUAGACCUGUAUGUAGUGCAUGUACUGCCGUUAUGAAGACCACUAAUUCAAGUAAAGCUUUGCCUAAAUAUCUUUUGAGCAUUUUAUUAUCAUAUUUGUCCUAUUUUGGGGGGGGAGAACAAAACAACACUUUAAUUGCAUACUUAUUCUGAAUCUAUUUUGAAAGUGUUGUUAGUAAGUGUACACAGAAAUGUGCACGGCUAAUUACAGCACUGCAAUGUAUUAAUUUGUAAUGUUGUGGUGUUUGAUACACAAUUUCUGACAAAGGAUUUUAAGUGGAAAUAUUAUACCACACACACAACCCGUUGUGCUUGUCUCUGUGCUAUGGAUUAAAUAAACAAUUCCAGUUUUAAAUAUC